AUGAGAAGAAGUGAGAAACACUUCAGUCAAAAACAAGCGGUGAAUUCAGAUUACGCUAAGUCAAGUUAUCACCGAGGUCAUCUGUACCCGUUUGACUUCAAUGAAUGUAGUCAGAAAGCCAGCUGUACCCUCACUAAUGCAAUCCCUAUGAUUGGUAAUGAUAAUCAGCUAUGGUUUCAUAACGCGGAGUAUUACAUUAAAAAAUUGGCGGACAAAUGCAACAACAAUAGCAGAGAGAUGUACGUGGUUACGGGCUCUGCUAAUUACACAGGGGGGAAAAUGAAGAAUAGGGUUGUGGUGCCUGGGCUGAUCUGGUCAGCUGCUUGCUGUACCUCAUCAGGAAUGCCGGGUAUGCUUAGUUCAACCCCAGUAACCCCAGUGAAUACCAAGGUGGACUUCUCCGUUGCAUACAUGAAAGAGUUGCUGUCCGGUAAGAAAGGAACAAGGAUAUCAGUACGGCAACUGCAACGUACACUGAACGUGAGGAUCUUUAACCAGUGCAGGGGAACAAAUCAAACUGAUGAAGCGGAGAACGACCGAGUGGUGAUCGCUUUGCUAGAAGAAUUACGGAACGCUGGUUCAAAAAGGAAGAGACCGAGUCAGCAAAUAAAUCAGCAGCGUGUUUUCCCACGCAAGUCAAACAGCAAGUAACAGUUGCUUGUCCCUUCACCCUCUCUCCUUUUGCAUUCCCCCUUACCCCCUUCUCUUCACCUGCCUCAUGUGUCCCUUCUUCCCUUUUUCCCAUGAUCCACCCUUCUCUCCUAACAUAUUCCUUUUUCAGUCCUUGGAGUAGAAAUAGGCCAUUCAGACCAUUGAACCUUCUCUGCUAUUCCAUCAUAAGAACAUAAGAAAUAGGAUCAGGAGUAGGCUAUCCAGCCCAUCGAGCCUGCCCCGCCAUUCAAUAAGAUCAUGGCUAAUCUGUCCAUAAACUCAGCUCCAUCUACCUGCCUUUCCCCAUAACCCUAAUUCCCUUACUAUGUAAAAAUUUAUCUAACUAUAUCUUAAAUAUAUUUAGUGAAGAAGCCUCAACUGCUUCCCUGGGCAGAGAAUUCCACAGAUUCGUCACUCUCUGGGAAAAACAGUUUCU